AUGUCUACGGGAAUAGAAUCAUGGGCAGAUGCAGGUGAUGAAUUUUCAGCACCAGCAGAUAUAAUAAAUAAUCCAGAUGGAACCAAAACAGUUAUAACAUUUAGAACAAAUCAAGAUGGUAAAAAAGUUAAAAUAACUCAAAAAAUAAAAGAAGUUAAAGUACAAGAAAGAGUACAUCCAUUAAUUGCACAACGUAAAAAUUGGUCAAAAUAUGGUAAAGAAAAAAAUAAACCAGAUGGACCAGAUACAAGUACAACCCAAUUAGGUGAGAAAGUUGAAUUAAAAUUAGGAUUAUCAUGGAAACAAAUUGAAAAACAAGAAGAAGAAGAUAAAUUACAAGAAAGAGCUAGUAAAAUUGCUGUACAAACUAUUAAAUGUAGAGCAUGUGGUGGUGAUCAUUAUACAACAAAAUGUCCUUUCAAAGAUACUCUUGGUUCAACAACAACAACAGGAACUCCAGAACCAACAUUAAUAGAUGAACAAAAUGAUGAUGGAAAUAAUGCACCAGGUAAAUAUGUUCCAAGACAUUUAAGACCAGAUGCAAAUGGUAAUAUACCAAAUAAAGAAAUGAGAGAUGAUUCAACAACAUUAAAAGUUUCACAAUUAAAUAAUUUUGUUGAUGAAGAUAUGUUAAGAAAUGAAUUAUUUGUAAGAUUUGGUCCAUUACAAAGAGUAACAGUUGUUAGAAAUAGAGAAACUGGAGAAAGUAGAGGAUUUGCUUAUGUAAGUUUUGCAACUGAAGAAAUUGCACAAAAAGCAUUAGAUUUAUUAAAUGGUAAAGGUUAUCAUUCAUUAAUUUUACAUUUAGAAUGGUCAAAAAAGAAAAAAACUUAA